AGUCUGAUCGGUAAUUACUAGGCGAAGAUCACAAGUCCGCGACUGAUUCAUCGAUAUCCAAUUCGGAGUCCACAGUUGUGGUCCUCGUCAAGAUUCUUCAUUUUCAUCGUCUUCCUACAACUGAUUUCAAGAAUACCAAUAGUCUACUUUUUGCUUAUGAGACUCUGGAAGCCAUGAAUUUUAGAAGCUUGGAAGAUUUCUGGGCUUUCUACAUGAACCAACAUUCAAAGCCAUCCACAAGGCGUUGGCACUUUGUGGGCACACUCUUCAGUAUCAUCUUCUUUUUCUGCUCUCUCUUGUUUAGCUGGUGGUUCUUGGUUUUUGUACCUCUCUCCGGGUAUGGAUGUGCUUGGUACAGUCAUUUCUUCGUCGAAGGGAAUGUUCCGGCGACUUUUGGGCAUCCGUUUUGGUCCCUCCUUUGCGAUUUCAAGAUGUUUGGUUUGCUUACCGGUGGAAUGGAUAGAGAGAUCAAAAGGCUGGGGAAAAGACCUGUUCUUCAAGUGUUCUGAUUUCGGUGUAUAUGAAUUCAUGACUUGAGAUGUCAAGACCAAUACCAGUAUGAGAAGAUGGAUGUACACAUGCAUAUGUUUGGCCACCAGUCUUUGACUGGGAUGGCUGUGUUGUUCAAAUUCAAAAUCAUGCUAUGAAUGUCAAGUCUACUAGACAGCGAUCUAGUUGACUUCACAUAUCUGGGAGACUAAUUAUUUUUAGUGAUAUCAUGGUAUUCUAUGGUUUUUAUGUCCAUUGAAACAUUAGUUGCUACUUGUUAGCAUGGGUGAGUCUCUAUUCAAUAAGUUCUUGUAUCUGUAAUGAUCUUAGAUUCUCAGCAAAACUUGUCCGGAGGCUGUAUUCUGGGAAAUAAGAUAUUUUUGGACUUUUAU